UUGCAAAAUGAAUGUUUUCUUGCGUUUCCUCCCUGUCAUGGCCAUCAUUGUCAGUCGGCUUGUUCAAGUUGGAUUCGCCAUCGUUGCGGCUUUUUCGAUUCCCGAAGUUCGCCAGCUCUUGAACACCAACUACGAAAGAGUUGGAGACACCUUCUACGUUCCCAUCAAAGUAUGCAAGCCAACAGAAAUCACUUUGAACGGUACGACCAUCACCUUGGACCCGGACACUGGCAACGAUUGCCACUCGCUUGGUUUUCUCGUCAACGCUUGUGCCAUGUCAUUUCUCUUUGCGAUCGUUGCGGUUGGGGUCUUUGUCGUAUCGGAUCUCUUUGCUCGACGCGCGAAGGGAAGCUCCGCGACUGUUGUCGGGAUGGGACUCUUUUUGAUCUUCAUUCUCUUACAAGCGGCAGCUUGCACGUGGGCACUCUUCAGCGAAAGCCUGUUCUGGAUCGACUACUUUGAUGACGACAUUCUGGAGGAACACUUUGAAGAGCUGGGAAUCGAGAAGGUUGAUACACAUGGAAACUCCUGGAUGCUCAUGGCUACCGGAGGAGCCGCGGUUUUGAGUGCUGCUCUGUUACUGUUGGAGUCGUUGUGCUCGUUGUGCUGCUGCGGCAAAGGCAACGCCAAGGAAGAGGCCGCUGGAAGCGUGGAAGAGACAACAACUCGCAAGAACAACACAAGUGAACUUCCCAUUGUCGCCCCGCCAUCCUUCACCGAACGAACUGCUGGGUCUGAUGAUCCUCCUCAUCCUGGAACUGCCGCGGAAGAAGAGUCAAAAAACGAGCAACCCACUUGGACGAGCUGGGCAAAACCGUUCUAAAGACCAUUGGCAAUGCGAUCAAGCAUUAUUGGCCUACCGGUGCAGUGCCAUGCCGGUGCCGUAGAGCGAUCGAAAGAGCGAUCAAACGAGCAACGUUUACACUCACGAAGUUUAUUCAAUACUAGCAAUAAACCCAAGCAAACCUGCUGCCCAGAAGAAUGAUCGACUGAGUCACUCUUCGACUGACUCGUUCUCUAGCUAGGAAGUUCUACCAGUAGUACCAGGAACACAAGAAGUGUGGUCACAUUAAAGGAGAGCGUCUCGUCUGGUUUCAAAUGUUUUCGCGGGCUAGGACGUAAAGUCAAGCUAGCCAAUGCGACGAACCCCAUGGGAUUUGCAUCCGUCCAUGUGAUGGUACCGGUACUCCGAGUGGCUCCUCAAUGCUGCCCCGCAACUACCUACCGGUGGUAGCACCGGUACACGCUGUGAGGGAGCGGGCUUCCACGAUGAGUCGAGUCUCGGGCUGGCACUCCCUUACGAUAUCUCUAAUUGUUCGACGCGACUGACCGUCACUCGCAAGCAAGGAGUAGCUUCGAUUGUCUGACGGCAAGGAGUGGUCUCGAUGUCGUCUCCUCUGUUUCGUGCUGGCAAUACCACAGAGAAUCAGAUAGAUGGAUUGAGAUCACAAUUUACUUAGCCGCAACAAAGCGAAACAAUCGAGGUUUGUUUGCUAUCUUCAACAUUCGGAAGGCCGCAGCGUUGUCACGAAACCCCGAGCUGCAUACACCGGAGCUCUUUACGACAGUAGUACCACACCUUUCUGAUUCACUGAUACCUCAAGAUGACACGAUCAGUCAAUAGCAUCACUCUUGCUGCGGCCUUCUUGUACGCCUGGUUCCCCGGAUCGGUGUUCUCUGAGAAAGACUUUGCAUUUGACAUCAGUCUCGAUGUCGACGACGUGGAAGUCGUUUUUGGCACUACUUCAUCAGGAAGCAAACAAUUGCAGUUCGCACUUGACUAUGAUUACUCUGGUCCGUUGCCUGUCAAUGAGCCGAUGGUGAACUUUGGGUUUGACAUACGCAAGUCCGAUUGCUUCUCCGAGCCUCUUGAAACGCCUGAUCCCGUCCAACUGGCCACGCUCGACGAUGUGGCAUUUGACACGAGCGUCUCUGGAAAGGUCAGCGUUCGUCUGGAU